GAGAAACUGUUAUGGUGAAGUAGAACAAGAUGAUGACGACAAGCAAGAACAUGAUAACUUGUAUUUAUGGGAUGAAUUUAACGGCCAUAUGACCGUAAAAACAGUGAGCAUCGUGGAGAAGACACGCUUACUUCGUCGGGUCCCCUGUGCAAUAAGACUCUGUAACCCUUCCAAUUCCAAUUAAAUUUUCUUUCGAAAUUAAACUCUUCACAGAGAACCAGCCUUCAUUUGAUUAAAAUCUGAAUGUCAAAAAGAGAAUUAAAUUUGAAUUCAAUUGUUUGUGAAAGGAGAUUUCUAAGCAGCUCAACUCGAAUCCAAUGAGCUUUGUAAGACCCUACAUAUUAUACCUCGAAAUGCCUGUAAAUGAAUAGGGUCACAGUCCCUAGUCUUUUCUUCGCCAUUGCAGGUUAAGAGUAUGUUAUACCCUGAUAUGGUCAAAAUGGGUAAUUCAUGUGAUUCUGAGAAUGGAAAGAUUGUGGUUUCUGGCUUCCCGACAGAUCAGAGCGGAAACAAUGGAGAUGAAGAAGUUGAUAAGAAGGUACCAGAUCACAAAGAAGAAGAUAUGGAUGAUACAGAAAAACAAGAUGAUGAACAAGAUGUAGGUCAGUGGGCACAAGCUGGUGAUGAAGGAGAUGAAGAAGAAGAUAAGGAUGAUACAGAAGAGGAAAACGCAGAAGAAGAAGAAGAUGAUGAAGAACAAGAUGUGGGUCAGUUGGGACAAGCUGAAGAAAAAGAUGAGGAUGAUACAGAAGAACAAGAUAAUGAACAAGAUGUGGGUCAGUGGACACAAGCAGAAGAUGAAGAAGAUAAGGAUGAUACAGAAGAGGCUGAAGAACAUGAUGAUGAGCAAGAUGUGGAUCAGUGGGCACAUGAUGAUGAAGCAGAUGAUGAUGAUGAUGCAGAAGAGGAAAAUGCAGAAGAAGAUGAUGAUGGAAAGAAAGAAGAUUGCAACAGUAACUUGUAUAUCAGUGGUAGCUCAUUUGAUGUUGGACGUGAGGAUUCUUGGGCUACUGAGUCCCCAACAAAUCUCCAGAUAAAUAGUGGAGAAGAUCAAGACUUAUUAUGUCCAGAUGAUCAAGAAGUAUAUGAGCAGGGAGAAGACCAUCAACAAGAAGAUGAUGAUAUACAAGAUGAAGAAGAAAAAGAUGAUGCAGAAAAUGAUGAAGAAGAAACCGAUACCCGAACAGAAGAGGAUGGGCAAGAAACUGAUGGCAAUGAAGCUAACCACGGCAAUAGCGAAGUAGACAUCACUGGCAGUUCAUCUGAUGAUAUUUUGAGAGAGGAUAGAAACGUAGGCAUAAACAAUGGAGAUGAACAUGAUGUGGGUCAUUGGGAAAAAGAUGAUGAAGAAGAUGAGCUAAAAGAGCAAGAUGAUGAUUUUGAGCGCAGUCCUAGCACUAGCUAUGUUAAUACCACUAUUAGUUCAUCAAUUCGAAGUGGGCAUGCUUUGGCUCCAGAAUCUUCUACAUAUAAUGACAUAAGCAGUGGAGAUGAUCAAGAAACAGAUCCACAGAGGCAAGAUCAUCAACAAGAAAAGGAUGAUGAGGAAGAAGAAGAAGAUAGGGAUGAUGCAGAAGAGGAAAAUGCUGGAGAAGAAGAAGAUACACUAAUUUAUAAAUUAGUGGUACUUCAGCUGAUGUUUAGAAUAGGGAUACUUGCGCUACCGAGUCACCAACAAAUAGACAUAUUAGUGGUAGUUCAUCAGAUGUUGGGAUUAGUAUUACUUGCGCUACUGAGUCACCAAGAAAUAGACAUAAAUAGUGGAGAUGAUCAAGAAGUAUAUGAGCAGAUAGAAGACCGUCAACAAGAAGAUGAUGAUGUACAAGAUGAAGAAGGAAAAGAUGCUGAAGAAGAUGAUGGGGAAGAAACAGAUACCCGAACAGAAGAGGAUGAGCAAGAAACUGAUGGCAAUGGAGGUAACCCCAGCAAUAGCGACGUAGACAUCACUGGCAGUUCGUCUGAUGAUAUUAUGACAGAGGAUUCUUUGUCUUCUGACUUGUCAAUAAAAGAAAGCCUAAGCAAUGCAGAUGAAGAGGAUGAUCAAGAAAAUGAUGGCAAUGAAGCUAACCCCAGCGAUAUCGACGUAGACGACAUCACUGGCAGUUCAUCUGAUGAUAUUGUGAAAGAGGAUUCUUUGUCUUCAGACUUCUCAAUGAAUGAAAGCCUAAGCAAUGGAGAUGAGCAAGAAAGAGAUCAGCGAGGAGAAGAUCUAUGUCAAGAAGAAGAAGAUGAUGCAGAAUAUAAUGGUGGAAAACAAGAUGACGAAGGUGGAAGAGGACGAGCAGAAAACGAAGAUUCAGAAAAUGAGCAAGAAGAUGGGUUUGAUAGUAAAGAAGAAGAUGAUAAGGAAGGUAAGCAAGAAUUUGAUUAUAGCACUGAUGAUGACGGAGGAAAUACAGAAGAAACACAAAUGGAUACAGAAGAUACUAUUGCAGAGGGAGGUAAGGAUGAGAAAGCAAGAGAGGCAGGGGAAGUAGGAAAAGUUGAAUCAGAGAUAAAUUUAAAGAGGGCAAGAAGUUUAGGGGGAAAACAAGAUCUGAAUUAUAUAUUGAACUCAAAAAGGCAGAGAACAUAUGAAGAAAAGGCUGACCAGGCACCGAAUGGAGACCAAUAAAGACGCAGAAGAUAACGGUGAAAAAGAGGAUGAUAAUGAUAAAAAUGAAGAUUAAGAAUAAAUAAAAAAUAAGCCCUCAAACCAAAUGGAAAUUUUAUGAGGCUACGGUUUUUUUAUUCCAGUUUACCAUGUAACUCUUGACCAAUGCAUGAUGGAGUACGCUGUGUGUCUCAGUUAGUGUUAAAAAUUUCCAUGGUAUUAGUAUUGUUGUAAUUUAUCCCAUCAGCUAUAAAUAAUAAAUAAAGGUUUGUUUUGGA